CAAGAAUCUAAAAUAUUAAAAAUUUGGGUUUAUUUCAAUUCCAAAGAUAUAAAACUUAAUAAUAAAAAUAAAUUCAUCGAUAAUAAUAAUGGGGAAGAAUUAUCAUUCAAUCACUUAAAGAAUUUAAUUGGGUUAAGUGACAGAGCCAUCGAAAGAAGAAGCAAAAGAACACCUUCGUCCUCGCCAUCCCAUAAUAACUAUAUAUUUGAAACUGAUAUACCAGUCUCUAAUAUAAACAUAAACGAUAUUUUACAAUGUAGCAAUCAAAAUAUUACAAUUGAUGUUAAUAAAAAAUCAAAUUGGUUAAACUCAAUAUCAAUUAAAUUAACAAAUAAUUAUAAUGAUAUUGAUUUCAGUGACUAUUUAAAAGUAAUCAACUGUAUAGAAUCAAAAUCAUAUGUUUCUAAAAUCGAUUUAGUAUCAAAAAUAAAUAAUAAUAACCCAAUUAUUCAAAUAGAUAAAACAGUUAAUGAACAAGUAAAUAAUUUAAAUUUUUUAUUAAACAGCAAAUUAUUAAAAACACAACCAGAUCAAUUUGAUUCUCAAAAUGAAGACUCUGAAAGCAAAUUCAAUUCUAAAUUUUAUGGAAGAUCAUAUGACUCGAUUAAACUAUCAAAUAUUGAUAAACUACAUCAAAUGGGUUUGGACGGUAGUGGCGUUAAAAUACUAAUAAUAGAUAGUGGCUAUCACAAAGACCAUCCAUCAUUACAACAUCUAAAGGUAGUAAAGGAAUUUGGUUUUUAUAAUUUAUCAGAUAUAAGUGCAGAUGAUAAAAAUAACCAUGGAACAGCAACACUCUCAGUCAUAGGUGGAUAUUUACCAGGGUCACACAUUGGACCAGCAUACAAUGCAUCCUAUUAUUUAUCAAAAAUGGAUUUAACUGAAGGAUUGGCUUUUUUUGAUUCAAUUCCAGAAGGUAUCGAAGUUGCCGAGCGUGAAGGUAUCGAUUUAAUAACAUGCAGCAUGGGAUUUGGUCAAAUAGAUGGCGAAUAUUUAUACUAUAACGAAGACGAAUAUUUUAUUACCAAAAUUGCAGAUACACUAGUUUCUAAAGGAGUUGUUUUUGUAUCUUCUGCAGGAAAUACAGGGGAAACUGGUAUGUACAGCCCUGCAUACAGCGAGCAUGUUAUUACCGUUGGGUCUGUAAGUUUGGAUGGUUCUGCUACUGAAUGGUCGUCAAAUGGUCCCAAUGCAAAUGGAAUUGUUAAACCUGAUAUUAUGGCAUUAGGUGUUAAUAUCUCUAUAGUUUGGAACAACACUUUUGCACUUGCAAUGGGAACUAGUUUUUCUGCACCACUAGUUGCUGGUGGUAUUGCAUUGUUGCUACAAGCUCAUCCAACAUGGACUCCACAACAAAUCCAUGAAGCAAUACUCUCUACUGGCUCAAUGGUAAACUCACCAAACUCUAUCCAUGGAUACGGUGUAUUUGAUGCAUAUAAAGCAUUAAACUUUAAACCCAUCUCUGAGGAAACUACGUUAUCAUGUUCAUCCAAUAAAGAAUGCUCAGAUGAAAACGGUAUUUGCUGCAAUGGUAAAUGUGUAUGUGCACCAGCUUACUAUGGAACCUAUUGCCAAUAUAAAAGAAUCGAAUGUGGUGACCAAUGU